CUUAAAGAACCUCUGAAAUGAAGAAAUGCAUGUUAUUACUCAUCCUCGGCCUUGCAUCAUACGCAACAUUCAUUUCACUAAAACAGAAUGAUUUUGAAAGCGAAAGCUACGAUGUUCGUAUCAUCAAUGGUUUCAGCAACAACUCAUCCUUGCCACUGAUCAUCUGGUGCGAGUCGGAAUAUGGCGGCGAUAUUGGUGGACGGGCGCUGCAGGAGCGCGAUGACUUCAGCUGGAGUGUCAAAUCUGGCUUAUGGAAAACCCCACUGUUUUUCUGUACCAUCAAAUGGGAUGGCAAAAGGAAAAAAUUUGAAGCAUUUCGGGAAACCCGUGACAGAUAUAGAUGUGAAAAAUAUAGGCAGUGCUUUUGGCUGGUGAAAGAAGACGGUUUUUACUUCAGUAGUGAUGAAAUAGCUUGGAGAAAGGAUUUUUCAUGGACGUGAUGAGCUUGAAUGGAACUGUUUUAUUUUGUUAACCAUGGAAUAAAUUUGAAGCAUUUUAAUGGAUUGUGAUUGCCUCGAAAUUUAUAUGUUUAGGAUCUGGAGAAUUAAAAAAUUUCUAUAUGUUUAAUA